CACGUGGUCUAAAAAUGAAAACAACAGCAUUGCGUUUAUGUUAGAAAAGCAUCGUUCGAUAAAUAAUCGGGACUAUUUGGCCAAGAAGGAAUUGAUGUUUUCUAAUCACAAUAGCCUGACACAAAGCAAUCACACCCGUAGCAGUUCUAGAAGUCGAUUUGAGGUGAGUGUGCGCUCGAUUUUUGUCUCCAUGCACUGUUUUUGUAAGCUGUUGACGAUCUAUUUUUGUCAACACAAGAACGUUCACUGUCAUUCUUUGAAUAAACUAAGCAAAUAAACGAGAAUAUUAUGUGAGAAGCUAGUUACUGCAAAAAGUUAGUAUUUUUAUCCAUGUAUUUUUAUGUAUCCGCGAAGGCCAGAAUCUCCGAUCAUGCCUGUUGACAACGGGUAAACUGUUAUACAUAAUUUUAGCCUUCGCUUUGUUGUGGAUGAAAAUUCCACGAGUUCAAGUGUUUGGUGCUCAAGGGCAAUAUGUUAAAGUUUUAUUUAAAUGGGCAAAGAACAAUUGUUGUUUGAUAGUUUUUGAGUAAAUGUAUAAAGACCUUCGAAUGAAGUAAUCUAGGGAAACUACACUACUUCAAAGUCGUGUGGUUACCUGUUCUGUUGUGGUUUACUAAACCUAAACAAUCAAUGUGUAAAUGUGGGCCUGUCAUUGCCCUGUUUGUGUUUGUCAUUUUGGAAUGACAAGUACAGCCUUUGGCAGCAAACGAUCGUUCUCUGUGAAAAGGCAUAAAAACCAGCAUAAUUCCACUGUUGGAUAUUCACAUCUACAUACUAACGACAAUCAAAAGGUAUAUAAUUUGCUUCAUAAUAACAUAAAUAUGUAACAAAACAACUUUGAGUAGCUCAUAAUAUAUAAACUGUAUUGUUUACACAUGGAGUAUGAUAUCUUGAUUAUGUAAAGAAGCUCAGGCUACCCAAUGGAUGCUUUAUAUCAUCUAAUAUAUAUAUAUGUAUAUAUAUAUAUAUAUAUAUAUUAGAUUAUCGAAAAUUGAAUGCAAACCCCAUGUGAAUACCAGGUGAUUUGUAUUAUGUUUAUAUGGGGAAAAUUUAUGUAAAUAAGGCUUACAAGUUUUUCACAAAUGAGUAUGGAUGCAAUUUUGUAACUGUGGUCCAUUUAACGUUUGCCAUUAAUUUAAGCUUCUUUACAUGCAGUUUAAAACUGUCUUUGGGGGAGUAGAAUAUAUCGGACUGCAUUAGGGUAAAGUAAUGUUAGAGGUAUACUAGUGAAGUAGGGCAUAUUGUUACUUAAUCGGUUAAAAAUCAAUCAACAAUUUAUAUUGGUAACUUUACAUUUGAUUGGCCAUAUUCGUAUGAGAAGACAGAGUUCCAUAUAAGAAAUGGAUUUCUGCGUAACACUGACACCUGUUGAAAGAUACCGGUAUUUGCCAUCUGCUAUAAAGUACAAAAUUAAUUUCAGGCAACAUUCAAUCGAGUGAGAUACCAACAAAAUCUUGACAGUAUAUAUUACAUGAAUUUGUAGUUAGACCUUGAUAACUGGCUAGCAGGUUCCGCAGGUUCGAUUCUUGCCAAGGACCUAUAGUUGCAUUUUUUGCUUCUGUUUCCCAGAUGAUCUUGAUACGCGGAAAAGUACUGGCACUAGUUGUCAAAUAGAAAUCCAUUUUAUGAUUAAAACAACUGAAUAUCUCCUGUAAUAUACUUUAUUUCGAUUCCAUAUUUUUGUCAGAGCUAUAGUUCUCAUAAGCAAACAUAAUUACAAAAUGUCAACUAGUUUCAUAAAGAAUAACGAAAGAUAUAAUUGACUGAAUACAUCAAAAUGGAUUUCUAUUCGGACAACCCUUUCUGAGCGCUGAUUGGCUAAAAUACGAACACGAGAUCACCUGGUCUGGUUAGCUCUAGUAAUUGUAUUUAUUAUAUAUAUUCAAACUUUAUUCUCGUUUGUAAUUGGUCAAAACGCCCCUGCUAAUUCACAAGGUAUUAUUGCACGCUGUCGAACCCAAGACCCACUGGCGUCGGCAGCUUGCUAGAAAUCCUGCUAAAACUAAAUAAUUUUGAAGAGUAAACAAAAUGGCUUUUAGCUAGUUUCCAUUGUUAAAUGAUGAAGACCUUUCAACGUUGCUUUCAGAGAAAGAUAGCAAAAGUACGAAGAGAGCAACAAAACUGUUCAAAAGUAUUUUCGAGGAGUAUCUUACAAGAAAAGCGAAAAUAAUAUCCGACAAACUCUGUCGAGCUGGCAGCGAUUUUGAAGUUGUUCUACGCCGAAGCUAGAAAACAGAACGGCAAGUUGUACUCGAAGAGCUCGCUCAGAGCUCUUAGGUUUGGGCUCAAUAGACAUUUCAAGGAACUUUUUUUAUACUGUCGUUUAAUUGUUUUAAAAAUAUUGUUGCACGGAACGAACAUUUCAUUAUUUUCGCAUUAAAUGUUUAUCUAUUCCACUAGUGUUGUUCUUUGCCUCUUGUUUUUGAACAUAUAAAACAAUUAUUGGAUUCGGCUUUCGCAUGAUAUCGAGAAUUAUCAAGGCCUCGGUUUUUGUUAUCCACCUAAGCCUCCGGCUUUGGUGAAUAACACAAACCUCGUCCUGGAUAAUUCUCGAUUUCAUGCCCAACCUCGUUCAAUAAUUGUUUAAUAAAUUUCCACUAGAUAAUUUCCAUCAACGAUAUCCUUCAAGCAAUAUUCAAUCGAGUGAAAUGCCAACAAAAUCCUAAGAUUAAUUUCAACCCUUUGUAAUAAAUUUAACCCAUUAAGUGCCAAUGAUAUGUAAAAUUGUCUUGUGCUAGACAGAGCAAAAUAAAAAAAGUAAGGUGCAUUAGUGUGCAAUGCAACUUUAAAACCCAUUGAGUGGCAGCACUCUCCCCGUGACAAGUAAAAUCACCUGGCAUUAGACAGAGUAAAGUAAUAUACAUGUAGUAGGGUGCAUUUGGGCACAUUGCCACUUAAAGGGUUAACAAGGUGCAUGGGCAGAUGGUCUGAUUAACCCAUUGAGUGGCAGCACUCUCCCCCUGAUGAGUAAAAUCAUCUGGCAUUAGAUGGAGUAAACUAAAAUAGUAGGGAACCUCUGGGCACAUUGCCACUUAAAAGGUUAAUGGAUUAAGAUCUCUUGUGCCAUUUGGUAGAGAUUUUUUAUCUCAAAGUAAAAAAUCUAUCCUAAGCAAAACUAAUCAUAAUUUAUCUAUCAGAUACAAAUUUAAGAGAGUUGGCCAUCCAACUUCUCUGCUUAAACAAAGAGAAAUUGUAUAGCAGGAUAAAGUUAACGUGGAAAAUUAUUUUGUCUUUUCUAUGAUAAGAUAAAUCAAUGUUUGAAUAUUAAUACGAUUAUUGUAAACUGAUGAAUCAGGAAUCAGACAAUAUAGUUAUGUAUUUCAUUUAAUGUAGGAGUCGUAUAAAAUGUUGAAUAAUAGUUGAAGGGUCUUGUAGAUGUAAAUUAUUGAGUGGAAAUUUAUAUACAUGUCAUGUAUUCGACCUAACCACGAACAGCUGCGAAAAAUGCAACAAUAUAGGUCCCUGGCACAGGAAUAGAAUCUGUGGUCCUGUGAUUCUGGUGCAGCCCUCUAACCAAAUGAGCUGCAGAGGCCAGUUAUCAAGCUCUAACCACAAAUUUAUGUAUAAUAUAAUAUAUAUAUAUAGAGAGAGAUAAAAUAAACCUGGUUUACUUCAUAAGAUUUAUUCACUACAAACUUGUUUCGUAUGACAAGCAAUGCUUGCCAAAUGCAGACAUAGAAACAAUUUUCUCUUAAUAUAAUCUGUAUAUAUAUGUAAUCUAUACGUAAUUUAAUACUUGAUCAUUCCAUUAACGUCAAACAUGUAUAUAGUAUAUAUAACCUUGGCAACAAAAUAGCACGACAUUUAAAUUCACCUGGUGAGUGUGACAAGCAUUGCUUGUCAUAUGAAACAAGUUUGUAGUGAAUAAAUCUUAUGAAGUAAACCAGGUGUAUUUUAUCUUUAUUAGCUCUAUACUUCGGUAUAUCGAGCACUCUACUCAUAUAUGAUUCUAAAUACAUAUUUGGUAUAUAUAUAUAUAUAUAUAUAUAUAUAUAUAUAUAUAUAUAUAUAUAUAUAUAUAUAUAUAUAUAUAUAUAUAUAUAUAUAUAUAUAUAGUUCUAUCUAUACUACUAUAUGGUAUUGAGCACUGUUUGUGUUUCGUAAACCAAAAUCUUAAGCUAUAUAUAUAUAUAUAUAUACUAGUGUACUGCCAUGUAUAGAUUUAUUUAUUUAUUAUUACUUUUGCUCAUGGAUACUUAUUUGGAAUUACAACACAAUUAUACAGAGUUACAAGAAUUGGGCUAGGGAGAAGGCUUUUAAUUGAGACCCCUGGUUUAUAAAUUAUUUAUAAUUUUAUUUACACUUACAUUAUUAAUCGGAACUUAAGAUAUAUGUAGUUAGAACAGAGAGCAUAGCAGUAAGUUCUAACAACAGUUUGCAAAGAUAUGUACAGGUCAACAGUUUCAAACGUUCACUGGUUAAAAAUAUUUAUUUGGACGAGCUUUCGAUUGCCAGUCUGCAGUCUUCGACGAGUAGAUUAUAGAGUGAAUGAUGUGAUAUUUACAGUGAUUAAGACCCCGUUUACACGGUACCGGACGAAUUUGGGACCGGUCUGAAAUUCGUCCUUUUUCGCCUAUUUACACGCGAAUUCGUCCUGUUAGGGGGUCUCAAAUUCGUCCGGUUCCGUGGUUCUCGCGUGUUUACACGGCCGAAACGGACGAAUUUCGGACCGGUCUCAAAUUCGUCCGGUACCGUGUAAACGUGGUCUUACAAUUACAAUAUACUGACACAACAUACAAUUAUUGACAGUUCCGCCUACAUAUAGGAUUAAUGACUAUUUACAUUGAAGAGAAUUUAAAGUUUUUAGAGUUUUUUUUAGCAGAAACCGGUAUUGUUCUGGCAAAUAUUUUGAAUUAUUUUCAGAGUUUUCAAUGCAUGCAGUGUGCCAAGAUUCUAAUGUCGAUCUAUGUCGAUAUAGUUGUCUUUGUCAAUUAUUUUUUCUGUUUACAAAGUCAAUUCUAUGAUCGUUUUUCCACGCAUGGUUCGCGAUGUUUGAGCCACUUUUAUAUUUCUCCACGUUUCUUUCAUGUUCUCUUCUCCUAGUUUUGAAGGCUCUUCCUGUUUCUCCAAUGUAGCUCCACGAGCAAUCAGAACAGUUGAUAUGAUAAACUACAUUCGUCUGAUCUUCAGACACUUUGAUCACACGCACAUUGAUGGCAAAUGACUAUCCUACGAAAUUCCUACAACAAGUAGAACAUAAACGUGUCAUGCAACAAAACCGAACUCCUUCACCUGAAGAACUUGUACGUUUAUUUUUUGACUCUGUGGAAACGAAGACUAAUUACAAUUACGCCGUCCUCCCAUGCAUACAUCAAAGGACUAACAGAGCCACUGAAACGUUUUCUAAAACCUUAUGACAUCUGAGUAAUCGUGGAGCUACAUUGGAGCAUAGCCUAUCGAAGGGAAGAUGGCUCUGAAACUCAUUAGAAUAACAAUGUAACUCAUUAUCUAUGUUAUAGUCAACGUUUAUUCAUAAAUCUGGUCCUUCACCGUCACGUGUGCAGAAUUGUAUUUUUGCCCAACUGACCAAUAGCAAUGUUUUAGGAAAGUUACCCAUCCGUGACUCGAACAAUAAGGUAAAUUGGAAAUUGCUCUUGGUGGAUUUGGCAAAAAUACAAUACACACGUGACGGUGAACGACCUUAUUUAUGAAUAAACGUUGACUAACAUAGAUAAUGAGUUAUAUUGUUAUUCUAAUGAGUUUCACAGCCAUCUUCCCUUCGAUAAGCUAUGAUUGGAGAGACAGGCAGAGCCUUCAAAACUAGGAGAAGAGAAUACAGUAUGAACGAAACUUGGAGAAAUAUAAAAGUGGCUCAAACAUCGUGAACCAUGCGUGGAAAAACUAUCAUAGACUUGACUUUGUAAACGGAAAAAUAAUUGACAAAGGCAACACUGCAUGCAUUGAAAACUCUGAUAAAAACAUUUGCCAGAACAAUACCACUUUCUGCUCAAAAAACUCUAAAAGCUUUAAAUUCUCUUCAAUGUAAACAGUCAUUAAUCCUAUACGUAGGCGGAACUUUCAAUAAUUGUAUGUUGUGUCAGUAUAUUGUAACUGUAAAUCACUGUAAAUAUCACAUCACUCACUUUAAUCUACCCAUCGAAGACUGGCAGUCGAAAGCUUGUCGAAAUAAAUAUUUUUAACCAGUGAACGUUCGAAACUCUUAAUAUGAAUCCUGGUUUCGCAUCUAACAUGUUUAAAUGUACAGGUCAAUUAGUAAAUAUCAAGAUUUUGUUGGCAUCUCACUCGAUUGAAUAAUGGUUGAAGGGUCUUGUAGAUGGAAAUUAUCGAGAGGAAAUUUAUAUACAUUCAUUAGAACAGGGCUUGAAAUAACGUUCCCAAAGUUCCCGAUCAUGGUGAUGGGCAGUCGUGACUUUCCCUGCUUUUUCAGGUUCAAAACCCUGCUUUUCCGCCGAUCAUAAGCAAUUUCUUGCAGAUCAUUGAUCGGUGAUCGGCUGUUAUUUCAAGCUGCAAUGUGGUAGUGCCUUUGCGGCAACGCGCCCUACUUUAUUAUUUUACUCUGUCUAACGCCAGACACUUUUACUUGUCAAGAGGAGAGUGCUAUCACUCAAUGGGUUAAUCAGACUGUCUGCGUAUAUGCAGCAAUACGCCCAGAUGCACCCUACUUUAUUAUUUUACCCUGUCUAACGCCAUUACGCCAGACGAUUUUACUUGUCAUGGGGAGAGUGCUGCCACUCAAUGGGUUAACACUUAUUAUAUAUCAAUGGUCAAAGUCGCAUUUUUCUAGUGUUUUAUUAGUUGAGAGCAUAUCACGUGAGGGUGACGAAAUUAGGCUGUCUCCCUCGCAACAGCGCGAGAGGGAGAUAAUACGUUAUCGACCGGCGAAUAACAAAAAAAAUCCAUGCACGUGAAGAUGCGACCUUUGGACAUGCCUAGUACGUAAUUAAAACUUACGCUUUAAGUAAAUGCAGUGUAGCCAGUGUUUAAUAUAACGUUUUAACAAUAAAAUAUUUCAUGUAUUUACGUUCAUUUGUUCUUUAAUUUGUUGUUUCUUUGACUAUUGAUAUAUAAUAAAACACUUAUUUACUGAGACCUCGGGAAAGCAGUGUGUUUUGUGGACCCUCGACCGUCGAUAUAUGUUUCCCUCGGCUUCGCCUCGGGAAACAUCGACGGUCUCGGGUCCACAAUCUCAGUAAAUAAGUGAUAAUUAACUAGAGUGUUUUCCCAAGGGAAAACAAACUGUUUUUCGCAUCUUCUUCUGGUUAGGUCUAAAAGUGUAUAGUAGAAAUUUACAUUUGAAAAUUUGUCUAGAAAUACCAGUGAAUGUACUAUACAGUUUGUUAAUCGUACAUAUACUGUAUAUUUAAUUUUUUAGUUACAAGUAAACAGAAACCCAGACGACGAUUCAAUAGGAUUAAUCAAUAGAAAGCUUCCUGGUGAACUGGUCUUAAGGUAAAUACCAAGUUUCAUAUAAAUAUAUGUUCUGAAAUUCAUUCAACCGAAACAGAAUGUGACCGAUCAGGGCUUCGAUGGCACAAUCAAUAGAGCAUGUGUCAUUCAGAAUGUCGGUUCGAUUCUCAUUUCAGAUUUUGCAAUCAAAAUAUUGUGUCCUCAACAAGGAAAAUUAUGUGAAGUGCAUAUAUUUUUCUUUAAAGGACAUUGGCAACCAAAAUUUUUAUUACUUAUAUCUAUUAGGUACACUCACGGAAUAUUUAAUUUCGUAUUUUGGCCGGUUUGUCGCGUUUAGUUGUCGCGAAAAUUGUGAUAAAAAGUUCAACAGUUGUCGCCAUUUUGAAAAUAAGCGCGUAUGCUAAUUUAUGCCACAAAUACAUUAUCUGACGUCAUUGGCUGGGUAAACACAAUUUCAUGACUAUAAAUAAUACCGAGUACUACCACGCGUAGUGCACUUUGAGCCAAAACAAAAGGCAGAAAAGUUUUACCAAGUAUGUGACUAGUUUGCAGGGCUCGAAAUAACGUUCCCAACGUUCCCGAUCAUGGUCAUCGGCAAUCACGACUUUUUUCCGAUCAAAUGAAAAUCUGACCGAUCAGGAGCCUAAGUUUCCUUGAAAAAAAUUCUAAAUAUGCUAGUAAAUACACAUCUGAACAGGAAGUUUUUACUUUAUUUCAAAUUCAAGUUUAAAUCUACGACAUUUAUGAACUUAUAUAUAUAAUACUAAUAGUGUAGCUACAUUUAACAUGUAUUAAUAAACUUUAGUUUAUUAUAACACUUUUCAAGUUUUAAUUAUAGUUAUUGCACUUUUUCACACAAAAGCAAGAAACACACUUAACACAGCAAUAAUCAAUAUUAUCAAUUAAGAACUAAAACUUAUUAUUUAAUAUUAUUAAAAGAGAAAAUCCUACUGAAAACAAAAAUCCUACUCAAAAAAUCCUAUUAAUUUGAAAUUAUUAUAACAAAAAUGUUCGUUGUCAGCGGUGCAGAUUGGCAGAUUGCAGUCUAUUGAAGAGACGACGAUAUUUAAAAAUAUUCGGAUUGCAGUCAGAGACGACAAUACUUCAUGCAAAUUUGUUUUAUAGUAAAUUACUUUAGAGCGAGAAUAGUGCUGCGGCCUUUCCUGUCGUAUGACUCGUAUCAACUAAUUAACAAGAAAGCUUUUUGCGUGUUUUUGAAUGUGUAUUAUGUUUUAUUUGUCUUUUACCGCGUACAGGUAAGCAUGUCUUUUAGACAAUGGUCAAAUAUAUUUCUGCCGAUCAAGAUGAACGGCAACGUUGCUUCUUCGCCGAUCAAAAACAAUUUCCUGCCGAUCAUUGAUCGUUGAUCGGCCGUUAUUUCGAGCCCUGAGUUUGUAACACUAUUUCUCGUGGUAUAUAUCCUACUCUGUGUCAAAUAAACGCAGAAAUUCGAGUGUAACCAGGCAAAUUCUAAUCCAAUAUUUUGUGAUCAAUUACCUGUAUUGUAAAUUGCGUCAUUCCUUGCUUUCCCAGUCGCUCGAUAUGUUUUUAUCUGAUAGUGUAGACUUCUCUUGUUUGAUUGCGAAAAGUGUUGGCCAGCAUAACGCUCAAAACGACAUAUUUUUAGCUAACAUAACACGCACGCAAUAGAAUUCUCUCUUGUAGUUUUGGUGCUACCCAUCCAAUGACGUCAAAAAGUUCAUUGACCUUCGAGAUAAUUUUUCAAAAAUGUUUUCCAAGAUGGCGGCGAAACUGGCCGAAACACAAAGUUUGCAUGCAUUUUACUCGUAGACUAAAAUGUUCGAGAAGGAAAUGAUAAUAUUGUCAUAGUUAGUUCGUCAAGUAGGAUUGAAAUAGCCAAUAAAAAUUUUCGUUGCCAUCAGUAAUUGUUCUGGAAAUGAGAAUUUGCUGAAAAUUUCCAGGGGUGAAGUUUAUGAUAGCUCGUAGUAAAAACAGAAAAAAGUUAGGGUUACCGAACUCGUUUCGAAGAUAUGACAAGUGCAAUAUUAGAAUAAUAGUGCAAUAUUAAUACAAGUGCAAUAUUCGACUUCGUCGCGGGAAACAUUGAGAUUCUCGGGAAAACAAAAUUCGCUAUUUCCCGCGAGAGCAUGUAAUACAUUAAGUGUAUAAUAUAUGAUGCCAUUGUUCUGCAGUGGUAACACCAACUGUAUUCUACGUUGUUCCGCAGUUCUACAGACUACACUAUUUUUACAUGCAAUACUUGAGUUAUGAAGACUAGAAUAUGUACUAGAAUUUUCAUCAGAAACGAAGUGCCUGUUCUUACUCGAUAGGGUUCCAAAGACUGAGGUGUCAAGUCUAUAUGCCUGUAGAUUUAACUACUGUUAGAAAAUCAAUACUUCCAAAGCACUUAUAUUACAAAAGCUUUGGAACAAAAUACAAGCAACCAUACCAAGACUGUUUACGUCGUAAAUAAAAAAUUACUUGAUUUGAAUUUCACUAUUCUUGUCAGAACACAAUUUGAACUUACAAUACAAUUAACACUGAUAUUAAUUUGAGUAUUUAUUUAUUAAGUGACGCUAAAAUAUUAAUAGAAUUUAUGAUCUUCAUCGUCUGAUUUUGACACACAAUACAUGCAUGUACUACUAUCUGCACAUUCAGUGCAAUAACAUAACUAACAACGUUUCAUAAAAAAUCGAAAACCUACCACAUUUCCUUGUCAGGCAAACGAAACUUUAUCAGCAUUUAUUAGAUUAAUUCAACUCAAACUUUGAAAAUUACUACUCCAGGUAUAUAAAAUUGUGAAAAUGAAAUGGUUUUGAAUUUCCUCACACGUAUAACGAAGCCGUCCACUAUUAUUCUAGUAUGCGGUGUCAAGUUGAACCAUGCAUGGGAUAGUGUUACGUUUUAUAAAGUCUGCAGAAGAACAAAAAGAAAAUGUUGUCGACCAUACUACAACGUUCUGUUCAAAGGGCAUGUACUGUAUAUACUGUAAACCGAUGACUGAAAUGCUUAAAGAUGCUGCAAAGUAUGUAAUGUGAACAAACACUUUGUUUACAUUUUGAACUCAGUGCUACAUGCAGUUGUAAAAUAUGAUUAGAUAUAUAUUAUACUGAAUUUUUAACACUGUUUUGGUUCGCUCUGCUUGUAAAUGAAUACAGACCAGAGAUUCAAUUCAAGAAAGUUCGGAAGAUGCGAAAUAUUAAUAACAUUCCAAUGGUCGGGUCCCGAUCAUUGGAAUGUAGGCCUGCGCAGAACGUAUGCGCAGAACUGACUUUACAGCAUCUUUAAAUGCAAUCAUGCUGUUCUUUCCUGCAGCAUUGUUAUCGGGGAAUUGUUCAUCUUUAUUUAAUCAUUUGUCACAAUACAAUCAUUACGCAUACAUCUACGAUAAACAGAGCACACAAGUGUGACUGAGGAAAGGAACAGGACUUGCGUCCCAAUUGACACCUGAUCCAAACAUUUUAACUAGACUUUGCUGCUUGUUGUACACCGAGCCCAAUGAGAUUAUAGUCAUUUGUAAGCGAAUAUCAAUAUUUCUAACUUUUUCUCGAUCAAAUCACUAGCCUAACCCAAAACGUAUUUUUCAACAGAACAUAAGGAACCUGAGGAAUGCCAUGAGAUCAAGUGAACAACAAGCAGCAAAGCACGUUCAGUACAUUACACAAAUAACAUAAUUUAUAUAUAACUUUUAAAUCUAUAAGUAAAGCUAGGAGGGCUGCAAGAAGUUAACCUAGAUACAUAAUGUUUACGAACACUAAAUUUGAAAGAGUUCAUUGAACCACAUGGGGUGUACCACAUAGUUCAUUGAACCACUUGCACAUAUGACAAAGAACGAGUUUCUUUGCAUAUCCUUCCUCUUUAAAAUCCAAAUUUGUGGAUGACAAUUUCUCCUAUCAUUUACACAAGAUUCGCUACGAUUUUAGCCAAAAUCGUCUUACUAAAUGUACUAACAUUUUACUACUUUCAGUUAUACGGUGCAUGUUGUUAGCCAAUCGCAGUGCGAGUUUUGUGACGUACUGUAGUAUUAUUUCAGAUAUUUUCCUUCUGUACAGAAAUAUUCCGAAAAUCCCAAUAAAUGUUAAGUUAUAUGGAAUAUAUUUAUAGAAAGACGAAAAAUAUCUAAUCGUUCUAAUUCAUAUAUCUGUUUUAUUUUCUAGAGUUUUUUCAUUCCUCGAUGUAGUUUCUCUUUGUCGCUGUGCUCAAGUUUCGAAGGUCUUUAUAUAUUUUCCACAUACAUUUUCUGAAUUCUAUGAACACUUUUCUGUAUCUAAACAAAUUCUCUGUUUGCUUAUUUUUGUUUUUCUUAGUUGUGGAAUGUUUUAGCUUUGGAUGGUAGUAACUGGCAGAGAGUUGAUCUAUUUGAAUUUCAACGAGAUAUUAGUGUAAGUUCUUCUACAGUAUACUUUAAAUGGUCCCGUAAAUGACAUUAUAGAAGUACUGUAUAAAAUAUUACUAAACAGGGUGCGAUAAAUCGCCUAUAUUACGAUCUGGUACUUUGGUUUCAGCCACGUAUUGUACAUUACAUUUUCUUGGUACCAUAUGACGUUUCCAAACCCUAGGUAUUCCAAACAAGGGGGAAUUUCGUUCUCGACCAAUCGGCGCAUUUGUUUACAUUUUCGCUCUAUAUGUAAAACGCCUUCAUCACAUGGAAUUUGUAAAUACAUAUGGUGUCACUUGAAAGCUUUGCUGCAAGAGGAUUUUUUCGCAUUAAAUUUGGAUAUGUUGUUCUUCAGAGAUUUCUCUUGAAAUUCCACGUGCGGACUUUUUAUUUAUUGCGUUAUUGCGAAGAUAUGGGUUUUCAAACUUUGCCUAUACUUUUAUAGUAUAUAUUUGUAUUGCGUGCGGAAAUUGCUACCACAUUUUGGCCGAAAAUGGUAGUAUUUUCCGCACGCAAUACAAAAGUAUACAAACUUUGCAAGGCUAUAGUAUUUUCCGCAUUUUACAACAUUUCGCAACCAAACUUUCCAAUUUUACUCAUUUAGUAUGCUCUUUCUAGCUGUGGUGAUUUAUUUGUAUCUCUUUGCCUAGUUUUAAAAUUAGUCUAUAAUGUGAAUUGUGUAUUGGUACAACAACCAAUAAGAAUUGGUCAUUUUAACCAUGCACGAAAGUGAAUGUGUGGAUUUUUCAUUGGUGUGAUAGUCUGAUGAGAAGACGUCUCAAACACAGAUAAAAUCUACAUAUACGAAAAGUCCGCUUGUCUGUUAUAUAAAAAUCUAUAUUUGUGAAAAAGAUUUGUAAAUAACUCAUGGAUUGGUGUUUUCCGUUCUUUGCAGGAAACUGUAAUCCAAAAUUUGUCGCGUCGAUGUGGCGGAUUCCUUAAGAGAUUAGGACUUAAAGGAUGUAAAAGUGUUGGUGAUGGAGCAUUAAGGUAGGUGUAUACUGCGUGCAUGUGUGUCGUUAAUUUACAACGUUUUUAGACCCCAUUUACACUAAGUCGAGGUCGGCUAUAUUGCGAGUUGCGAGUCUGUAAGUUGCGAGUUUGGGAUCGGAGUUCCCAAGUUCGUUUCUCAUUUAAAGUGGCUGAAUAGAGUUUGAUCUUGAAAAUAUACGCAAAUGCAUGAUACAAAAACAAACUUCAAAUCCACCCCAGUAAAUCGAAACAUAUGUUCAUUGGAUCUUCCUAUAACCUUAAGAAUAAAGUAUUUAGCAAUCCUAUUAUAAUUAAUAAUAAGCCAGUACCCAGGACUAAUAAAUAUUCAUGCCUUGGCGUGAAUAUGGACGAAAGGUUGUCUUGGGAGUUGGGAUAAACAUAUUGAUUCUAUCUGUUCUAAGGUUGGUGCCGGUAUUGGUGCAAUGAGAUCGACGGGCUAAACCUUUUGUACCACUGUCGACAACCAAAAUGCUAUAUAAUGCUAUUGUACAGCCUUAUUUCGAUUAUUGCGGCCCAUUAUGGGACAAUUGCGGAAUUGGCCUCAAAGAUAGGUUGCAAAAAUACCAAAAUCGUGCUGCAAGAGUAAUUACUGGUGCAAGUUACGAUAUUCGGUCAUCUGAGUUACUCGAGAAUCUAAAUUGGAAACGAAACUACGUUAAAUCUAUUUUCAUCCAUAAAAUUUUGAAUGGCCUCACCGCACCCAAUCCUAAAGAAGCAUUUCAAUUUAAUAAUGAAAGACAUAAUACAUACAAUCUCAGAAAUAGGGAAACUGAUUUAGCACCACCUAUGCCGAAAGAGGUGCUUCAGUUAUAACGGUGCCUUGCAUUGGAAUAAUCUUCCCCAUGAGGCAAAAAUUGCUGAAUCCUUAAGCUCUUCUUUCAAUCGAUAUUAGAACAAAGAAUGAGUUGAAACUUGCUCGUGUAUGAUCGUGCAUUAAAAAUCAUCGUAUUUUCUUGUUCUAGCUGCAAUGUAGUCUCAUUUUUUUUAUAUUUCUUCAUUUAUUGUAAAUAGUUAAUUUUAUAUUUCACGCCCCUCAUGGAAAUCAGCCUCCCAACGGUUUCAUGUUGAGGCUAUAGCGUGGUUAACUAAAGUUUGUAUUUAUGUAUUGAUACGUCAUUGUUGCCAUAGCAACAGCAGUUACACAACUUUUAUGAAUUCAAGCUCGGCAAAUAGGAAAAUUCUGAUCUGAUUUUCAACAAAUAAUAUUUGCCAAAAAUGCGGAUCUAAAUCGUAAUUUAUUUUUUCCAACUCUACUCAGCCACCUUAAAUGAGAAAUGAACUUGGCAACUCCGAUCCCAAACUCCCAGACUUGCAUUCUCGACAAACUCCACUAACAUUUCUGUAUAUACAGGGUGUCCCCAAAAAAGUGACAUUAUAGAAAUUAUCCUAUUGUUGUUAAGCACAGGAUUCCAUGCGCCUUGUAAUUAAAAAUUCAAUUCAAUUGUGUUAACGCACUCUUGUGUUUAGCAUAGUGCUCAGGUAUUCGAAUUAUAACAAUAGGAUAAUUUCUAUAGUGUCACCUUUUUGGGGGACACCUUGUAUGUCAUGCAUCAAUGGACUUAUUCCCUAAAGCCUGGCGCACACGAUGCGAUUUUAGUCGGCCGAUAAAAAUCGUUUGACAUACCGAUAUACAUCGGUAUACUCCGCACACGAUUACGAAAAAAAUACGCUCCCUGAACUGUAGCCGCCAUGUUGCCAAAUAAAUACAAGCAGUGAUCACAGCAUGAAAUCUGAUUGGUUAUACUUAAAAUUCCACCGAUAAAAAUCGUAUAAUAUCAAAACGUUUUGAUGUUGUCCGAUUAAAAUCGAGCAACAAAAAUCGGUUAAAAAUGACACCGCACACACAACGAUUUUGUUAGUUUUAGUCAAACGAUUGUUAUCGGCCGACUAAAAUCGCAUCGUGUGCGCCAGGCUUAAUUAACAAAAUUUUGAUUUAGACAAGUGUAGACAAAGAUUUUAUCACAGCUUGAAAAAGCAUCACAAAAUUAGUAAUAUUCCGAAGUUUCGUUGUGAAAUGUUGUAAAAUGCGGAUAAUAUAGCCCUGCGAAGUUUGACGUUUUUCAGUCAUUUUGUAUUACGCACGGGAAAUUGAUACCUUUUUUCAGAAAACGGGCUAUAUUAUCCGCAUUUUACAACAUUUUGCAACGAAACUUCGGAAUAUUACUAAUUUUGUGAUGCUCUUUCAAGCUGUGAUAGAAUUUUUGUCUAGACUUGUCUAGAUCAAAAUUUUGUUCAUUUGGGAAUUAGGUCCAUUGUUAAUAUGGUUUUACGAAUAGUAAAACCUAUUUAUAAAUAUGGGAACCGCUAUACUGUAGAUGAAUAUUGUAUGAAAUUGACUAAUAGUAUUAAUAUUAUAUACAUUGUUUGUAGUUCCCUGUCGCAUAUCAGGGAAUGUUACAAAUAACUGAUAAGUACCACCUGAAAAUUAAACUGUAUCUGAAAAAACCUUCCAUGGGACCAACCUCAAAUUAUCAAAAAGCGAUUGAAUCCUGCGGUAUUCGGUUUGCGAAAGCGUAGUGUUUCACUAUACUUUUGUGUGGUGGCACUGCUAUGUAUGAUAAAACAACUUUGAUUUCGGGAAGUUUACCAGUCGGAAAUUGUAGGGUUGUAGCUCUCCUUAAAAGCAUUAACAAUCGUAGAUGGUUGUGGAGAGCAUAUAAGAUGUGGUUUUAAGUUUGUUCGAAUGAGCAUAACACAUAGUGAAGAUAAUGAGUAUGACGUCUGUGGUCUGCAUGCAUAUGCAAGCUCCGGCAUAUUUUACCGGAACCGAAGUUGGAAAACUCCGGGAGACAAAAUUAUUAUGAAAACUUAUUUCAUAUUUCAAUGAACUUUUGGUAAUGGAAAAAUUAAGUACUUAAAAAUUAAGUACUGAAAUACUUUUGCCUGCUUCCACUUUUAAAUAUGAAAUUUCCUUAAAAUUUCCUUGCCGGAGCUGGAGUUUUGACUGCCGGAGCCGGCAGUAGGAGCCUAAAAUAACCGGAGUUUGCACAGCUCUAUUGAUCCACAAUUACUAGCUCCAACUCUGAAUAAAGUCGAUAGACGAAGCAACUCAUUUCGCCAUUCUUGAAAACACUAAACGGUGUUUACCGAACACCAAGGAUGAAGCGAACGCGCUAUAGCCAAUGAGAAAAAGCCAAUCAACAAGCUUACGCUCCCUUGGAAAUAUUCAUUUGAUCUGCAUUGCUAUUCUAUGUAAGAAGAAGAAGAAAUUUAUUGAGCACUGUUAGUAAUUUAUUGAGCACUGUUCCUCCUUCCUAUGGUUCCCGAAGAAAUUCAAAAGUAGUUAGGUUGGUGUUACCUCAUGUCACUUUGUCGCAACAGGAGUCACACACCAAUUUACGGCCACCAAUCUUAUCAUGUUAUAAUCAAAUGUUUAAUUUUUACUGUGAAUCAGUAGCUUUACCACUAUUUGUACCUGCAUGCAAAAAUGUGACAUAAAAAAAUAUAUUAGUUAUUACACCAGAUCAAAAUGACUCUGAUAGUUUGGUUCAGAAUGUAACAUGACUCCGCCUGUAAUAACCGUAGGGGCUAAUCGAGACAAGCGGAAUGUAAUGAGGAACGUACUACAUGUUUAUCGUAUUUAUUGAAAUAUCGAAAUAUUUGAACAUUGUUUUGAGCAUUUAAAUAUUCAGUUUAAACAACCCCAAACAUCUUACUUAAUUAUAAUGUGAUUUUUCACUUUUUUCUUAAAUUUUGUUCUAGGACAUUUUCAGGUGAAUGUAGGAAUAUUGAAGAGUUAAUUCUCGAAGGAUGUAAAAAAAUAUCGGAUAGGUAAGUUGACACUCGUAUAAUAUGUAAUAAAAGAAGUGUACAUUCAUUUCAAACUGAUAAACUUAUCUUGGUAAAUUUUUGUUCAGUAAUUAUAUAGACCCUUGGAAAGUUUAUUAUUGUUAUUAUUAUUGUUAUUGUUAAAACUUUAUUUAAAGAAAGUUAAUUUACAAAGAAAAAUGCCAGUUUAGCUUUCGCUAAUCUUCCACUGCAUGGACCUUCUAAAAUUAACUAUAUAAUUAAAUAUACUUACAUGCAGUACAAUUUACAUUUCUAUAUACAUACUUACAUAAAGUACAUAUCUAUAUAGAGAAUAAUACAUGGGUGCGCGGAAAUACCAGAUUUAUUUCGAGUGUUGAACAUGAUAUCUCACGAGUGAGCGCAGCGAACGAGUGAGAUAUCAUGUUCAACACGAGAAAUAAAUCUGGUAUUUUCAACCAUCCAUGUAUUUUUCUGUUUAUUAUAUAAACAAAAUUCAGUGAAAACGUCCGUGGCAAUGCGUUUUACAACAAAUGAUAUUUUCACACGUAAAAAUAUCGUAUUUUUUACGUGUGUUUAAAUACGAUUUUUCUCAGUGGCCAAAAACUCUAUAUAACACUUAUGUUUAUAUAAUAAAUAGGUAUACUGUAUAACAAAUUAGAAUUAACAUACAUCUUAAGAGUUAUUUUUAUACGUACAUGUGUGUGAAAUUCAAGGGUUUUUCGAACUGGAAGAUCUUUUAUCUGGUGGCAACAUAUUAUAAAAUAUGCUCCAGUGUACUGAAGUCCAUGUACUUCUGGUUAUACUGUAGUUAGUGUAUGGUUUGGUACCCAUAUGGGGCUUCGGUGGCGAAGUGGUUAGCGCACUUGACUUUCACCCCUAAGGCGCAGGCUCAAGCCCCAGCGAGAACGUCCUCGACGCGACCCGAACCCAGUCCUCGUGCGAAAAGAGUAAAAGCCGACGCUCUGCCGAAAGCCGCGGGUCUCCUCCGGGUACUCCGGUUUCGUCCCACAGGGAAAGCUAGGCAAAGGGACCCACAGUAAUCGGCAUGCAUAUCCUGUUGUGGCGAUCCUGCCCUAGUUGGCAAAGCCAAACAAAAAACAAAAAAGUCCAUAUUGGCAGUGCUUCAGGUAUGCCGCUGGGAAACUGCUGAUAAUGGUUUGAACAUUAGUUAUAGUCUGGAGCCAAGUUAUUUAAAGAUUCACAAACAAGUACACAUAACUCUGUACUUUAUCGGCAAAAUGUUUGACUGUUCGAAAAGUGGUUUAGAUGGAGAAAGUUUAGAUUUAUCAUAAAUUAGUCUAAAAUAAGUUUUUGUAGUUUAUGUAUUCCUAAUGUGUGUGGUGAUUGUCCCCAAACAGUACAGCAAUAAUCGAUCCUUGGUUUUAUAAAAUAGAAUUGUUGUUUGAAGUGGAAGAUACAUUUUGAUUCGGCGGAUCAGAGCGAUAAGUUUACUUGGAUUAGGAGCUAGAUCAUUGAUACGAGCUUUCCAAGAGAGAUGAUUAUCAACACUCACACCCAUGCAGCAGUUUUUUUAAUUCUGCAUUUUCAAGCACUACAAUCAAAGUUGCCGGUGUUUAGACUUUCCAUCUUACACUCUUAUAUAAUUAAAAAAGUAUAGUUGACUGAAAAUGUUUAUUUUCAGUCAGUUACUAUUCAAUUAUGGAACAAUUUAUAUCUAGAAACAUGCAUGUAUUGCAGUCUGUUGCACAUAUUCAAAAAUCAAAUCGUUAUUGAAUAAGAGACUACGUAGUGAUGAUAUUACUUUAUAUUUUUUUCUAGCACAUGUUUCAACCUUAGUAACUAUUGUAGAAAUUUGAGAGUAUUGGACUUGUCAUCUUGUCCUCAAAUAACAGACAAUGGUUGCAUCGCCUUAAGGUUGGUACAGUAAUGAUUCAAUCCUAUAUUUUAAGUGUAUGAUUGUGGUAAGCCUUCACUGUAAAUCUGGGAGUGUUACCACAACACCGAAAUCGGUGUAAAUUCUUGCAGCUGUGUG